GCCCCGAGGCUCUGGGGGCGCUGAAGCUCUCCACAACAAGACAAGGCCGGUCUGUCUCUGCUUCUCGUCUGCUGCUUUCUCUCCCCCACACACCUGCAGACAUCCCAUCCCAACGAAUAUCCCUCGGCCGCAUACUUUGCGACCUCCAAGACGACUCCAAGAGACUCUCGUUCUGCCUGCUCUUUGCCGAGUUCAUUGCUGUCACAAACUUGCCCAAUUCUCCUCUUAACCUGCUCCCAUAGCAACCAUGGCUGAGAACGGCCUUCCCUCCGGCUGGGAGGUUCGACACUCCAACUCCAAGAACCUCCCCUACUACUUCAAUGCCGCCGAGAAAGUCUCCCGAUGGGAGCCCCCGUCAGGCACCGACACCGAGAAGCUCAAGCACUACAUGGCUGCCUACCACAGCGCUGGCACCCGCCCGGGCGACGCUCCGGAUGCCACUGAGGGCAAGAUCCGCGCCGCCCAUUUGCUGGUCAAGCACCGCGAGAGCCGACGGCCGAGCAGCUGGCGAGAGGCCGAAAUUACCCGCUCCAAGGACGAGGCCUACGAGAUUAUCAAGGCCCAUGAGCAGAAGAUCAACAGCGGUAGCAUCACCCUCGGCGAGCUGGCCCUCACCGAGUCCGAUUGCUCAUCCGCUCGCAAGCGUGGCGACCUGGGAUACUUUGGCAAGGGCGACAUGCAGAAGGAGUUUGAGGACGCCGCCUUCAGCCUCCAGCCUGGCCAGAUGAGCUCCGUGGUGGAGACAGCAAGUGGCCUGCACUUGAUUGAGCGAUUGCCUUGAGAGAGAUGAGACGAAUAGUGCAUGGUGUUAGCUGAAGAUAGUGUGAGAGCGGGCGCCGAUAUCCCGAAAAGUAAGGUGAAGGGCUGUUGACUUUUGUCUGUGUCAAUGAGCCAUGAAUAUAACGUGUUGUUGGCUGCACUCUACGACCUGGGGUUCUUUUACUCCAUGACUUGGUGACCUUAACGGAGAUUUCUGAAUAACUAGUUACUGAAUACUAACAUCGAACCU